GCCCGCCGUGAGACAACCUCGUGAGCUCACCCAUGUACUAAGAGGGCACCAUCCAUCUCCUUCCCUCCGGACCUCCUCGCCUCGCCAUGCCGCUCGUCUCGCUCCGGGCAAAGCUCAACACGCUUCUGGCCGUCAUGCACGCCUCGGGCACGCUGGACGAGCAGUUCAAGCAGCUGCGGGCGAUGGAGGAGGACGGCAGCGCGCCCCCGGGCUUCGUCGCCGACGCCGUCACCCUCUUCAUCCGCGACGCCGACAGGAUCCUCACCGACCUCGCCGGCCUCAUGAAGCAGCGCGUGGUGGACGUCGACAAGGCGGACGCCCUGGUGCGUCAGCUCAAGGGGAGCUGCAUCAGCAUUGGUGCUAAGAAACUGGGCGUCUCCUGCACAUACUUCCGUCGGUUCUAUAAGGAAAAACCCAAAGGAUGCCUCUUUGUGCUGACUCUUUUGAGGAAUGAGUUCUAUGAUGUGCGCAACAAGUUCCAGACCAUGAUGCAUCUGGAGCAGCAAAUCGAGGCCUACAGUCCUAAGUAAAGUGGCAAUAACUGAAGCAACAGCCUAGGUGGAGUGACCCCUGGCAUGAUGGGGUGUAUGCAUCUUUGAAGAUUGUAGACAAUGUUCAAUGGUUGUUUGCUUUGGAGGUCCUUGGCGGACUUCUUGUCAUAUGUUAAUGUAUGUCUCAACUCUAUACCUGUUUAUGUCCAAUUAAUGGGCCGCUGUUGGAAGGCCGCUCUAUGUAAAUUCUACCUGAUUGGCUAGUUGGUUGCUGGUGACUUGGUUUUGUUUUA